ACUCGUCCCUCCUCUCCACCUGAUGCAGGGCCCAUCCGUUCCGAAGAGAUCGCCGUCGACUCGGUGGAGGCUGAAGCUAUGCAGAGUGUUGAGGAUGUGGCAGGGGUCUUGAAAGGCCAGGAGGGGACGUUGGAUCAGGGGCACAUCGAACAGUCGCUGACGUCCAUUUCCUCAGCUUUUGGCGGUGCGGAUGCCUCUGCACACCAAGUCCAUUCUGCGGAUGCCUCCGCGGUGCAGACUUCCGGUCCUGUACAUCCUCCGUCGGCCACUAACGAUGCACCGACUCUUCCUCCUCCUUCCGAAUCGGCCCUCUCAUUCCAUCAGCUUGAUUCUCUCGUGGAGGACAAUGACACGGAUCAGGCGCUGCCCGUGCUGGAACAGACUGCGGAGUCCUCCGCACCGUCUCUAGACGAUAUCAUGGGGCCUUCCCGAGUCCCAAUGCUCGGACCGAGUGGGAAAGUCGUUCUCAAAUCCCACAUUGAUCGCAUCCUUGAAAGCAUCCGCGUUGCCGGCGAGGAGACCGGCCUGAGCCCAUCCCAGAUUCUUUACAACGUCUCGAAUUCUUUCAAGCUUCCCGAAUUCCGUACAAUCAACAACUGGAACACUUUUGGGCGCAUGUACAAGCAAAAUCCCUGGUACUACUUUCGCAAGGCUUUCCCCGAUGAUCCAUGCACAGAAGAACCCCCGAAUGACUCGGCCACUAUUCGCGCCUGCUACGAUACUUUCAAAGAAAACGAGAAGUGGGAGGAAGCUCUGGAGACGUUCCGAGUCAUGGAGGCUCAAAUGCUGGAACAGACCAAAGCAGAACGUCGCAAGAUCUUUCAGAAAGCCGAAAGGGUCGUCAAUGAUGUGUUCGAAACGUGCCAUCGGUUGUAUCGCAUUGAAGGGCAGGCUUACCUUUGCGGCUCCCUGAUCAACGAGGAUGGAAGCCUCGGCACAUCGAUCUCUUCUGGGGGCUUCAAGCAGCAUCCAGUGAGCACAUUAUACUCGUUUCUCACUGUUCAUGAACACAUUGCGCAGAUUACAGAAAGACUGAGGACCUUGACUAUGGAUGAGUUGCGCCAUCUGGAUGAGGACGGCAUGCUGGCAGCAGCACGCUCAUCGGCGUAUGCACUCCCCGAGACAUCUGGCACACAGAUGAUGAGCUCGUCCGGAGGUCCCCCCGCCGCUUUGGCCAGUCUCCCUGCGGAUGCCUCCGCCAAUCCCUUUACGGAUGGUGCAGCCAAUCCUGCUGAUGCAUCCGCCGUGGCUACCUCCUCGUCUGCAGCCCACCAAUUGACGCUGCUUGCUCCGGGCGUUGCGGCCGUGCCUGCGUUGCCCACGAUCAUGGCCUGGGAUCCCAAUUCAAUCAAUCAGAGUCGGAGCGCAUCAAUUUCUGGUCAUCGUCAUCUAGUCAUCAGCAACAUACGUACCUGCGCCACAAUUGACAUCGGGAGCGAACCUUUGGGACGGCAGUAUAGCAAUCUUCCUUGGGUGGAAGCAGGUAGCCGCUUUUACAAUUUUCAUUGCCUGCUCAGCGGGCAUCCGGCUGCGGUCCGACUUCCAGCAGAGGUCAAGUUGAGGAGAAAGGGUGCCAAGGGCUCGGGGGAUUGGGACUAUGGCAGUCUUGGGGAAUUCGACCUCGCAUUCCAGGCCAGAGGGCAGACACCCAGUGGUCAAUGGAACGGGAAUGGUCUGGGCUUCCGAAGGCGGGAUAUUGUACCUGGCAGCUUCGUCAUCUUCACUCAUGACUAUCGUUUCGGUCCCAGUGACCCAUCGGACCCCGAGGUGGUUCGUCGACACUUCGCAUCCUCUGGGGGAGAAUUUCUGCCUGCUGAGACCACGAAUGGCGAGGUAUGGCUCGUCAACUAUGACUUCGAUCUCCCAAAUCCGGUCAUUGCCAAAAAGAAGCUCGUAGAGGACAGCAUGAAGGUCUUCCGCGGCCAGGUUGACCAAAGCCCAAAAAAGUCGAAGAAAGAAGGCAAGGGGAAGAAGAGCGCGAAGGAGAAGGAGAGCGCAAAGGGCAAGGGGAAGCAAAAGGCCGUGGCCUUCUCUCAUCGCUCGAUGUCCGAGUCUGGGUCUGAGUCGGACAGUGAUGGGAGGGACCAAAGUGGAGAGGAUGACGACACCGAGGCGAGCGGUACAGAUGAAGAGCAGGCCGUGGGAGCCAGAGUGGUGACAAGGUCCCAGUCCAGUCGCAAGGACUCGGUAGCUGCCACCGCGUCAAAGACCACAACCCCCAAGGCGGCGACCACAUCGAGUACCCCUGCGGAGGCAUCCGCAUCUCCGUCGAAGACCUCGGCAGCAGCAUCCGCAUCAACGGGAAAGACGUCCGCAGGAGCAUCUGCGUCGAAGUCCAUGGCCAAGCCCGCACCGAAGCCGAAGAAAGCCACACCCGCACCUGCGGAGGCAUCCGCAUCUCCGUCGAAGACCUCGGCAGCAGCAUCCGCAUCAACGGAAAAGACGUCCGCAGGAGCAUCUGCGUCGAAUUCCAUGGCCAAACCCGCACCGAAGCCGAAGAAAGCCACACCCGCACCUGCGACCCUGCCCAAUCUUGGCGCGGCCAAACAAGUUGAAGAUGCGGUGGACCAAUCUUCUGAUCCGCAGGGGGAAUCUGCUAACCAGGCAGUGCGCCCCAAGCGGAAGGCGGCAAUCGAUGCCGAGACCAGAUGGGAGAAACGGCCCCGAAUCGAUCAGUCCACACCGGGGAGAAAGCGCAAGGCCGAAGAACCAGUGUCCGCUGCGCCGCCCACCAAGAAGCCCAAGCCCAUCCGCCCGAAAAAAUCAACGGCAAAGAAACAGUUCAAGUCUGCUGAAACUGUGCUGAGCGAGGUAGAGGAAGCAGAUGAGGAGACGGAAAAGAGGGACAUCGAGGACAACGCAAACAACGAGGAGAAGACUCAGGGUGCGCAAAGCUCAGCCGACGACGCGGGCCCAGCUCCCCCAAUUUUGUGUCGUUCAGCACGAGAGAGACGCCCGCCACCCUCCAAGCAAAUUGGCGGUGGGCCACAGGAUGCCGAGCCAGGGCCAUCAGACUCGUGGCCACCGGUCACAGGGCACGAAUCCCAAUUGACGAGAAAACAAUUGGAUUUCUUGGUGUCUUUGCAAAAAGAUAUCAAGACGACUCUUUACGUGGUCCAGAAGACGCCCCCUGGUUGCCAGCACCUCAGCAACAUCAAGCUUGCGGAGAAACUAGUCGGGUGGUGCUUCGGGUCUCUGGAUCAUUCUAGCCCACAGUACCUGCUCUGGAGUGACGAUGGCGCUGCCACCGUGGAGUCGUUCAAGGAGCCUGCGCAGCCUACGGCUUCCAGCUCGAAGCGGUCUCCACAACCAGAGGCAUCCAGCUCG